CAAGCACACAACAAACAAUAAACAGGUUGUGUUGUCAAUAGCAGUGGCAGAAUAAUUAUGUUAACUGUAUCGAUUAUUAUGCGUAAUGGAGCAUGAUGGAUCGAUUGUGACUUGUAACGAUCCGGUGGACGGACAGAUCGGUGACUGUGUUUGUCUGUUAGGUGCGUGAACACUAUCUGUGUCUACAAAAAUGUGCAUGGAAGGAUAUACUAGUGGUGGUAGUAGUAGCAGCGAUGUUAGUGAAUCGUGAAAUCACAUAACCCGCCGUUCAAAUGAAGCCACGGAAGAAGUCACAUCACCGAUAGAAGCAAACCUACCCCCUUCCUGCCGCCUCCUCACCUUACAUAACCUACUAAUCUAGGCAUCAUCUUCGACAAUGGACCGCGCCAGUAGGAACGCUUCACAGCAAACAACAGGACCAAUGGACGCGGAAUAUCUCUGGACAGAACGCGGCCAUGGCCAACGAAUACUUCGAGCAGUUUGUCAAUGCAUCCAGCUUAAAGCACAUCCUUGGAUAUUAUAGAGCGAACUUGACGUCGUGGCGAGCGAAAGCACUAUGGAAGAAAUUCGAUGCCAGAGCGUCCCACAAGUGUUACAGCAAGGGACGCGCAGCUCCAAACACCAGGGUGCUCAUCAUAGGAGCUGGGCCUUGCGGUUUGAGGUCAGCUAUCGAGGCACAGCUUUUGGGUGCCAAAGUGGUUCUGGUAGAAAAGAGAGAUCGGUUCAGCCGCAACAAUGUACUUCACCUGUGGCCCUUUGUGAUAGAAGAUUUGCGUAUGUUAGGUGCUAAGAAAUUUUUUGGAAAAUUUUGCGCGGGAGCUAUAGAUCACAUUAGUAUUCGGCAGCUGCAGUGUAUUCUUCUAAAGGUGGCGCUGUUGCUAGGAGUAGAGGUACAUACAGAAGUUGGAUUUGAAAGGCUAAUUGAACCACAGCCCGAUGAAAAAAUCGGUUGGAGGGCGGAAUUGGAUCCACCUGACCAUCCUGUGUCUCAGUAUGAAUUCGAUGUGAUAAUAGGAGCUGAUGGUAAACGGAAUACGCUACAGGCUUCACUAGAAAAGAAUUCAGAGGAAAAUUAG